UGUCUUUCUGUGUUAUCUUUUUUAUUGGUUUCUUUCUUCUGAGUCCUAAGAAUAUAAAGAAAGAAAAUGUCAUCAUUGAAAAACCAUAUAUAAUAAUAAUAAUUGGCAUUCACCAAUGGCUUCUUCAUUUGCUGAACUUCUUCCCUCAGAUGAUGGAGCCUCACACAAGAAGAAGCUAUCACUUCCUUCAUACAUAUGUCAUGAUCCUAGAAGUGUUGCUUCAUCAAAGCACAAGUCAGAGAAAUCCACUGUAAGAAGUGGCUCUUCUUCAUCUCAGUUCAAGAGGCCUGGUUCAGCUUCUGAGAGAUCAAACUCUAGGUCUCUGGUGGCAGAAGAUUCAAGAAUGGAUGAAGUUGCUAUUGGAGCAGUGAUGAAAAUCCUCAGUGGCUACAUUGGAAGAUAUGUAAAAGAUGAACUUUUCAGGAGAAAAAUCAGGGAAAGAUGCAGUUCUGUGAUGGAGAGAAGAAGAAGAGAGGACUCAAAUGAUGAGGUUUUUGAGAAUUUGGAAAUGGGCAUGGGGAAAGUUGAUAAAUUGGUAGAAGAUCAUGGAAGAAUGAGGCAAGUUAUGUUGAUCAAAAGCUUGAAGAAUUCCAUUGAGAUAUUAACCAUAAUAGUUGCUUCCUCUUUGAAUGCUAAAGAUUCUCAUCUUUCUGCUUGUGCUCAAAUUUACUUGGCAAUAGCUUAUAAGAUGUUGAAGAAAGAGAGAGUUUCCUCAAAGCAUUUACUUCAAGUGUUUUGUGAUUCUCCAAGUAUUGCUAGAACAUACCUGAUUCCUGAUCUUUGGGAGCACUUGUUUCUUCCCCAUCUUCUCCAUCUCAAAAUUUGGUAUAACAAGGAGAUUGAGUCUCUUUCAAAUGAAGAUCAUGGUGAUAACAAAAGGAAAAUGAAGGUGUUGAGCAAAGUCUACAAUGAAAAAAUGGAUGCUGGAACUAGUCUCUUUGCUUUGUACUACAAGCAAUGGCUGAAAGUUGGGGCCACAGAGCCUCCUCUUCCUGUUGUAUCAUUGCCAUCAAUGCCAAGUUGUAGAUCAUCAUCAAGAAGAAAAUCUUCAGAUUCUUUGGUUUCAAAUUCCUCAAUCAAUCCAAACUUAUAUAAGGCAGUGUUUGGCCCCAAACUGGAGCAGCAACCUACUGGUCCAGAUGAACAAAAAGGAGCCAUUGUAAUUUAUAAGGGCUCAGAGAUUAAUGAUAAAAUUUAUGGAGAUGAAUACAGGAGCUCAUCUCAGAGAGAAAGAGAUGUAUAUAUGGGAAGAUCAUCAAUCCAAGAUGACAAGAAUCAUGGUCAAUUAUGGCCCGAGUCCCAGAGAUUGGACUAUUUCCAGUGCUUUUCUUGCAGGAACAUACCUACAGAAGGAUUGGUAAACAGCAACUACAGAUCCAAGAACAUUGCUUCAAUCAGAAGGGGAGGAAUAAAUUCUCUUUCAAGUGAUUUGGUUGGAGCUAUUGCAAUUAUAUGUUCAUCUGAUAUCCUAAGUGAAUGCGAAUCGGCUAUUCGUGUGGUUACCUCAGCUUGGUUGAGGUCUCCUGGUGAUCCGCUCAUUGUAGAAGCAUUAACACAACAUAGUGUAGUUGAAGCUAUGUUAGAGGUGCUAUUUGCCUCAUCUGAAGAUGAAAUUCUAGAAUUGAUUAUAUCAAUUUUAGCUGAAUUAGUAGCAAGGAGCGACGCGAUUCGACAAAUUAUACUGAACUCUGAUCCACAACUAGAAUUGUUUGUGAAACUUCUGAGAAGCACUAGUCUGUUUCUGAAAGCCGCGGUUCUGCUUUAUCUAUCAAAGCCGCAGGCAAAACAAAUGUUAUCAUCAGAAUGGGUGCCAUUAGUACUUAGAGUGUUGGAGUUUGGAGACAAACUGCAGACCCUUUUCACAGUGCAAUGCAGUCCUCAAGUUGCAGCAUUUUACUUUCUUGAUCAACUUCUCACCGGUUUCAAUGAAGAUAAGAAUCUGGAGAAUGCAAGGCAAGUUCUUUCACUUGGGGGAUUGACAUUGCUUAUGAGAAGAAUUGAAGAUGGAGAGAUUCAUGAAAGAAACAAAGCUGCUUUGAUAAUUUCCUGUUGUAUACAAGCUGAAGGAAGCUGUAGAUGCUUCUUAGCUGAUAAUAUAAAUAAGACAUCUUUGCUAGAACUCAUUGUUCUUGGAAACAAACAAAGUUCAAGCGCUUUCGCCUUUUCCGUGUUAGUUGAGUUGCUCUGCCUAGAUAGAAGAAUGAAGGUUUUGAACUUCUUGAAAGGGCUUAAAGAUGGAUGGAGUGGAUUAAACAUCAUGCACAUUGUAUACAUUUACCUCAAGAAAGCUCCACCUGAAGAAUGCCCUUUAGUUGCAGUGAUAAUAUUGCUGCUUGAUCUUAUGGAAGAUCCUUUCAAAAGUAACUUAUACAGAGCAGAAGCAAUUGAGGCACUUAUAUCUGCUUUAAAUUGCCAAACAUGCAAUGAUAGAGUUCAAGAUCAAUCAUCCAGAGCUUUACACUUACUUGGAGGCCACUUUUCCUACACAGGAGAAUCACUAUUGGAAAAAUCACUUUUACAUAAAGCAGGUUUUAGGGAGAUUUGCUUAGAAGAUUCCUUUGCCGCCAAGGGAAUCUUCGUUUAUGAUUCGAUUCACAAGAACAAGGAGGAAGAAGAAAUUGAGAGUUGGCAACAAAAAGUAGGUUGUGUAUUGUUAAAAUGUGGAAACAAGAAGUUGAUAUCAGCACUUGGAGAAUGCAUGGCAAAUGGAACACCAAGUGUAGCAAGAGCAAGCCUUAUAACUAUUUCAUGGAUGAGCAGCUACCUCCACUUGGUUGAAGAUAAAAGGUUGCCACCAAUGGCUUUCUCAAUCUUAACCCCACACUUGAUACAAUCCUUGAAUCAUGACAAAGAUGUUGAGGAAAGAGUUCUAGCUUCAUAUUCAUUGCUUUGCCUCAUUAAAAAUUCAGGAUUCCUUCCAUCAUUGGAUAAAGACUCACUAAGACACCUCAAAAAUCUCUCCCUAGUGACAUGGACUGCCAAUGAACUCAUCUCAAUCUUCUCAAAAGGGAGCUUGCAUUCAAGACAAUAAUAAUAUUAUUAUUAUGACAUAAUUUUUUUUAUCAUUUUCAAAUGCUUAUUGUAAUCAAAUCAAUCUCACCCUUGAGUUUUGUAUAGUUAGUUGACUAUUUAUUUAACGUGUG